AUCUUAAAUAUUUCAUUAUUGUCUAUGUAGCAUAGAGGGUCGAAUCAGUGAUGCUCUCGCGCCUGUGGAGCAGCAUCAGCAGCUGCACGCGCAGGGCGGGCUGUGGCUCCCGUCAACGUGUCUGAACAGUAGGCUACGAGCAGUGUGGCGCACAUGCUAUACAACCUCACACGGUAACAGAUGAUUUACUCUGCUUCGCGGGACGCCUCUUUCAGAGCUGAAUAUCUUGUUAUACGGCCUGCUUUUCGUCCGUUGCAGUUGUUUUAAUCACGGUUGAUGAACAGACAAAAGGCCCGUUGUUCUGAUCAACAACAUCUGCGUCUGUCUAAUCCAUCUCGAGCGUGCUUCCCAGCUAAUCCGCGAGGCGUAGGCAAAAGUGUUCGGUAUUAUUCUACUGUUAAAAGCAGCAUGAUUUCAUAACCCGCCGUCAUGUCACAUUAUGGAUUAAGAAUAGGCUAUUUAGUAGCCUAUUAAAACCAGUGAAUAAUCAUAGCAUGUAGAACGUAUUCCCACCUCUGAAAUCAUAUUCAGAAAACGUUUGUUUUCGUUAUUUUUUGCAUGAUUAGCGGUAUAUUUAAGUAGGCCUACCAAUUGAAAUUUCAAUAAAAAACCAUGCAAGUAUAUGAACAUGUUGCAUAACAGUAGCUACGGCUUGAGCAGCUUUCCUGCUGCCAGGGUCGUCAUUAGCCUACUCCGCGUGAGCCUGAUUCACACUAAACAGAAUUAUGCCUGAUCCACGCGCCACGGACUUCGAUCUUAGGUGAUGUGGUUGCGGGGGGUUUCCUCCAAUCCUUUGUUUGUAUGUGCAAUCAAGCAACACCGCCACGCGCUUCGCUUAAUUUCAUUUGAUGUCGGGAGUUGAGCUCGACCAAACGGCAACACCUGCGCGCACCCCAGCUGGCUCCAAGAUGCGGAAGCGUCCCUUGGGUCAAACAGAUUGUAAAAGGAUGACCCUACCCAGAGGCCACAGAGUGACAGAUCUUGUUCCCUCCCUGUAGAGCCCAGCACCUCCCUCUCCUCUCUCCUCUUUCCCUGCAGCCUGCCCAUAACGUCCCUCUUCUCCUCCUCUGUCACUCCUCGUAAACACAACCAGAUCAUCUGACCAGCCAGAUCAGGUCACCCCCCCCCCUCCCCCCCAGACAGAUGCCCAUUCUCCUGAACGGCGACGCUUCCUUCAGCUCCAAGCAGGAGUUGCUGGACCUCCAGGACUGGCCCCCGGCCCGGGGAGCCUCCUCCCUGGACACUCCCAGCCCCGUUGACUCCCAGGCGGCCAGUCCCCUGGGCUCUGACCCUGACAGCCCUGGAAGUCCCUCCGGAGAUGCAUCCUCCAAGGGUGCCAGGGACCUCCUCAGCCAGCCCAGUCCGCAGGCAGGCCCCCCGUACGGGCUUGCUGACCCAGACACGCCCCUGGGGGUGAAGUUCGUCCCGGAGGAGGCGGAGCAGCUGUGCGGCUGGGGCCGUCUGACCCCGCGAGCGGUGCAGGGUUUCAACACCCCCCGCUGGGUGUUGUUCUUCCUGUGCGUGGCCUCCUUCCUGCAGGGCAUGAUCGUCAACGGCUUCAUCAACACCGUGGUCACCUCCAUCGAGCGGCGCUUCGACCUGCGCAGCUACCAGGCCGGCCUCAUCGCCAGUUCCUAUGACAUCGCCGCCUGUGUCUGCCUGGCCUUCGUCAGCUACUUUGGGGGGACGGGGCACAAGCCUCGCUGGCUGGGCUGGGGCGUGCUGGUGAUGGCACUGGGCUCGCUGGUGUUCGCCCUGCCGCACUUCACUACGCCGGCCUAUCAGGUCAGCAAGAGGGAGGGGGCGGGGCUGUGCUCGGCCAACCGCAGCAGCCCCUGCCUGGGCCGCGACGGAGGCGGGCUCUCAGACUACCGCUACGUGUUCAUGCUGGGGCAGUUCCUGCACGGCGUGGGGGCCACGCCCCUCUACACGCUGGGGGUCACAUACCUGGACGAAAACGUCAAGUCCAGUCACGCACCUGUCUACAUAGGGAUCUUCUACACAGCGGCCAUCGUUGGUCCUGCAGCUGGUUACCUGCUGGGAGGCUACUUCCUCAACAUCUACACAGAGAUACACCAGAGGACAGAGCUGACUCCAGAGAACCCUUUGUGGGUGGGGGCGUGGUGGGUGGGCUUCCUGGCGGGGGGGGCAGCAGCUCUGCUCAUCGCCCUGCCCAUCCUGGGUUACCCACGGCAACUACCAGGUUCUCAGAAGUACCAGGCUAUGCGUGUGUCGGAGGCCCACCAGCUGAGGGAUGGCAGCCAGGUCACGGCCUCCGACCCCCAGUUUGGGAAGUCAGUCAAGGACAUGCCCAGGUCAGUGCUGCUGCUGCUGAAGAACCCUCCCUUCCUGUUCCUGUGUCUGGCGGGGGCGACCGAGGCCACGCUCAUUGCAGGCAUGUCCACCUUCGGACCCAAGUUCCUCGAGUCCCAGUUCAGCCUCAGUGCCUCCGAGGCAGCCACCUGGUUUGGUUACAUGGUGGUACCUGCUGGUGGGGGGGGCACCUUCCUGGGGGGCUACAUCGUCAAGAGGAUGAACCUGCGUUGCCGUGGCAUCAUCCGUUUCUGCAUGCUGUGUGCCCUGGUCAGCCUGCUGGCUGUCUUCAUUUUCCUUGUCCACUGUCCCAACGUGCCCAUGGCUGGGGUGAACGCGCCCUAUCGCCCCCCCCAGAACCCCUCCUACCAGGACCAGGGUCAUGACCCCCCCAGCUACACCCCGCCCACACACAGGGCGUGGGUGGAGGGCAACCUGACAGUUGCGUGUAACUCAGGCUGCAGCUGUGUGCGGGAGCGCUACAACCCCGUGUGUGGAGCUGAUGGAGUCAUGUACUACUCCCCCUGCCACGCUGGCUGCACCGCCCUCAACCACACCGACCACACCACCGGCCGACAGGUGUUUUCCAGCUGCAGCUGUGUGGGGGGUAACGUGUCGUGGGAGGGGGAGGGGCUGGCGUCGGCAGGGAAGUGUAGCAGCACCUGCCACCACAUGCCAGCCUUCCUCAUCUUCCUCUUCCUGGUCAUCUCCUUCACCUUCCUCUGCUCCAUCCCCGCCCUCACCGCCACGCUCAGGUGUGUCCCAGACAGCCAGAGGUCCUUUGGUCUUGGCAUACAGUGGAUCGUGGUGCGGACACUAGGUGGAAUCCCUGGCCCCAUCGCGUUCGGCUCUGUGAUCGACAUCUCAUGCCUGCUGUGGCAAGACCAGUGUGGGGAGCAGGGCUCCUGUUACCUCUACCACAACUCUGCCAUGAGCAGAUACACCCUCAUCGCUGGCAUUAUCUACAAGGUGUUGGGGACGGUCUUCUUCCUGUUGGCCAGUGUUCUCUACCAGCCCCCCCCGGAGUCCCCCCACAGCAGCUGUGACAGCACGGACCCAGGGGCGGGGGGGAGGGAGGGGAAGAGGGAGGGGGAGGGCGGGAGGGAGAGGGAGGGCGGGAAGGAGGAGGGAAUCGAGGGAGGGAAGGUGGGCGAAGCCUGCAGCGACCUCCCCGUUAAGGACCACUCCCUGGACCACAUCAUCACCAAUGAACACGCCCGCUUAUGACCUCACACUGCAGCCUGGCGCAAGUGCUUGUGUGAAUGUGUGUGUGAAUGUGUGUGUGGAUGUGUGUGUGUGUGGACGCGCUAAGGAGAUCACUGUGUGUUGCCAUGGAGACGUCUGAGCCACUGUAAACAAACAGUUUUUCAGAAGAUGAUGUUCAGAGUGUCAGCCCUGGAUGGAGCCAGACUGAUAGUGGUCGGCAUGGUAACCCUCUCCUGUCAGAGGGCUCUGUGUGUGUGAGUGACUGUGUGUGAUAAGCACUGUGUCCCAGCCUUGACUAUGAAGAAUGAGAAAUGUGGAGUAAAGUGCUGGCGUUUCUAACCCCCCCUGGACCUGUCAUCAGUUACAUUACUACUGGACCUGUCAUUACCCUAGAUACAUUACUACUGGACCUGUCAUUACCCUAGAUACAUUACUACUGGACCUGUCAUUACCCUACCAUAGGGAGUCAGAUGGCUGAGCGGUGAGGGAGUCGGGCUAGUAAUGGCGGAUCGAUGCCCCGCCAAAAUGAC